GCGCUCCUGGAUACGAUAAAAGGCGCGACCUGCGUAGCACGAAUGAGAGAGGUAUAUAAAAUUUUAACCUUCCUAGCUGCGUACAUCUCAAUCUUCUGCAAGCAAAUCACAUCAAAGUCCUACAAUGAUGCUACAGCACAAACGGCAUACCUCGCUGUUAAACAGCAUCAAGGUGGAGUCCAUUUUUUACCAAAAAAUGCUCCAUUGAAUACAAUAGCUCUAGAAACAAUAGAACAUCAUAGCAAUGAUGAAUACCUGUCAGCGGUAUUCUCAUUUCAAGUGGCGCAGAAGUUACGGCAAGGUAGACCGUUACUUGAUGCCAGCGUACCUUCGACUGUAAUGCAGGAAUCAGCAAUGAGCCACUUUGUAGGCUAUUUUGGAGAGGCAUUCCAGGAUGUAAUGAAACCAAAGUUAGCGGAUACAGUGGAUCAAUGUGAUGAUUCAAAAAUAUCGGCGCCAGAAUGCGCAAAAGUCAUUAUACAAGAGUUCAUGAGAGAAGUGAAAUCAAAAUUUACGAUGCUCGAUAGUAUGGACCCAAAAGUAGCAUUGGAUAGAGAACUGCAAGUUAUGUACGCGGCUGAUCUGACAGCAUCGUAUGUUAUACUUUUUUGUCCAUUGAAAGUAAGACACGAAAUAUACAAGUACCUUUGGGGGCAUGCUGCAUUCUUAGAUGGAGCUAUUGAUUGGCUGUGCUGCCCUUGGGUACUGAACCAGGGAAAACACGAUGCAGAAUACCAUAAAACCGCAAUUGAUAUGUCACAAGUAACGAGUAGUGAAUUGAUUGACAUCAUACGCCUACACAAAAACUACCUAUCAACUGACUAUGUUAAACAGCGCUCUAGAGAUGCUCUAAAACAGCUAGAUAGGCGCUCUUUGCUAUCAGUGUUUCAAUCAGUGAUGCUAAGGGUCCUUUGGGGGCAUGAGUCGGUGGCAGAGGAACAACAAACGCCAACCAAUGAAGAAAGUAGUACACUAAAAGCCCUGGACUACUAUAGUAACAAUGAUACCGAUGAACAGUUAGUUAAAAGGAAUUCCCUAGGUGUAUGGAUAGAAGAAUAUAGAUCGAAACGAGUAAAAAAAGGAGAGGUACAGUAUACUAGACCCGAUAGGUUACACCUUAAGGAUACUGAGUAUAUCACGCAAUUGAAAAAAUCGAUCGAUGUCAUCAAGAAACACUUGGAUAAGUUUAAUGAAUGCUUUAGAGGAGUGCCGUCCGAUACACCUUUUGCAGAAGCAGCAAAGAAACAAGGUUUUGAGACACCAAAAGGAGAGCAUCUACGGGAUGACAUCACCAUAGAUAAUGUAAGAACAGCAUUCAAGACACUACUAGACAUUUAUAAAUCAAACCUGGAAAUCAAUGCAGAAAUAUACGGACACAUACCCAGUGUUAGUGCCCUAAAACUGUUAAAGUUUAUGCUUUCAUAUGAAAAACAUGAACUAACAGCAAUGAUUUCAGCAGUGCUUAUGGCACUACCAGAAUUCAAACCUAUCAAGUCCGAACAAGAAUUCGCUCAGUAUUCGAUGCUGUCGUUCAACACAUUGGCAAAACUGUGUUUCAUCGCCACUCUGCGUAUAAAUCCUAGUGUAGCCCACGAUGAUCUGGGAAUAGAAAUGGACGAUACAGAGAUAAAGAAUAAUCGAUGCAUUAUCGAUGCAGACACUGGGUCUAAUGUAUCACCGGAUAGUGCCAGUGAAGUGGACACAUCGGAGCAAAUUGAAAAUGCAUCGCUGGUAUUCACACUGGAAGAACUUGAACCAGUAUAUAGAUUCCUAGACAGUAGAAGGUACAGUGUAUUAGAAGCUCAGGUCGGUAAUGAGCUUAAGAAUUGUAUUGUAUUGUCAUCCAAACGCACAAGGAUAAUAACAGAAGCUAUUCUAAUGCACAGGUCUAAUUAUGAAGAUGUAUACAAAUCACUAAAAGGCUAUGAUAUCCCAGCACCAAGCACGGGUCAAGAUGAUUUAACAACGGAUUCAAUACGCACAUAUAAACUGGCGGCAGUCAUUAAAAAAAUGACCGAUGAUGAGCUAGAGAAGUUAUACACAAGUGUGAUCGAAAAUUCAACUAAACAUAAAGAUAUUGAUAUACCAGACGAUGUAUAUAAAAUCACAAGUCACAGCCUGCUGGAAAAUAUAGAAAAGGGUGUGGAUGAUAGCACUGUCUAUACCAAGGUGAACGAAAUGUUGGGAAAGAUGUUGGCAGAUACUACUGAAGAUGGCCACAGUACAGCAGAAUACGACAAGGACAACAAAUCCGAAGCGGAAGAUGAUAUUGAUUUCGACCCUUGGGACACUGAUACGGAUUUUGCAGUUACGUGUGAUACCAACUCUACAACGUCCAAUGGUCAGGCCAUGUCUAACCGCCAGCAUUAUCUAACUCUAUUGGAUGGAAUGGACAUAUCACAAUUCAUAAAUGAUAGCUUUUCAAGUAAGAAUCCAGAAGAUAUGAAUGAUUGCGAACUGGAAAAAUUGUGUAAUAUGGUCAUCGAACACAUGGAAUCCUCUGGAGAAUGUACUGUUAUACACUAUAACCCAGGAGGUAAAGAUAAUUCAUAUACCAGCAUCAGUGCCCUUACAGCACCAACAAGUAUUAAAGAUAGUAGUAAAAUAAAAAAUAGCUUCGUGUUAUAUGCACAUCCAGAGGUUAAUACGGACUAUGACCACCUACAGGACAGAUGUGUUAUAGAUAGCGAACUAGAAGAGGAGUCUUAUGGAUAUGGAAACUUCCCUAAACGUAUGGAUGAUACGCGUGGGUUUACUUGGCAAUGCUACGACAAGUUCCCGAAAUUUACCCGUAUAUCAAAUCGAGUCUCACCUCAUGGACUUGAGGAGUAUAUCAACGAUUGGCAGGCACUGGGUUUGAAACCACAAAUUGCCCAAGCUGCAGUGGCAUGGAUAAGGAAAACAUUGCUUGAUGCUAUUGGCAAAGUUGAUCAACGAAAUUUAGAGAUUAUACCAACAGAUAUCCAAACCAUGGCUAUACGGCAUCUAUUGAAACACAGAAAUGAUAUUCUAAUCGCUUCUAAUGCAGCUAGUGGUAAGACGCUAGCGUAUUUGUUGCCAAUAAUACAGAAGCUAAAGAAACAUGAAACACUGAAGCUGCGCCAUCCAAAUGCACCAAGGGCACUUGUAUUGGUACCAAACAGGGAAUUAGCUGACCAGAUACUACAUGUAGUCAAAGGACUAGGCCAUGUAGUCAAAAUAUCAAGCGAGAUAAUAUCAGGUGGCGUGUAUAAAGGUAUCCAAAGGGAUGACAUGAAACGCCUAGUUGAUGUGGUUGUAGCAACACCAGACAGAUUAUUAAAAAUGAAAAAUCACGUAAAGCUGCAUCAACUACAGUACCUAGUGCUUGAUGAAGCUGAUACAUUGCUAAAUGAGGGUUUUUGGCCAGAUGUGGCAAAAGUACUGGAUCUUAUCAAACAGCCGUUCCAACUUAUCCAAGUCGCUGCGUCAUCUAAAUACUUACUGCAUUUUGAAAAGGUGCAAAGGGAGUUGGCAAAGGUACCAAACUUAAAAGGUAUAAAGAACACAACACGCGAAGUAAAUGAUAAAUAUCUGGAUAGACUUACGAAAUGCGAGCAAAUAGUAGAUACAGCUUGGGUGGAUAGACCUAACCGUGGUGUUACCCAUCAGUUUCACUACCUCAAGGGAGAAGAUAAAGGGCUGGAACUUGUUAACCUGCUGAAAUACGAUGAUGUAAGACGCUGUCGGAAAGUUAUGGUUUUCUGUAACAGUGUCAGCAGUUGCAGAGCCGUAGAGUACAUACUCAGAGAUGCGGGUUUGCCAGCAACAAGCCUGCAUGGUAAGAUACCAAUAAUGCAACGAAGGAUGUAUUACAAGGAGUUUCUAAGAAGUUCAGAAGGUAUAAUAGUAUGCACGGACCUAGCAAGUCGUGGACUUGAUUUGAACGCAGAUGCAGUUAUAAUGUUUGACUUCCCGCUGAACAGUAUGGAUUACCUAAAGCGUGCUGGACGUGUUGGUAGAAUGAUUAAUAAUGACAGUAUAGCACCCAAGGGAUUUGCAAUUAGCCUAGUGAAAAAACGAGAUCGCAACCUGGCUAUAGCCAUUGAACGUAGCUUAAAGAUGCCCUUCUUCCCAAUAUCUAACCUCAGCAGACAUAAGAAAGAUUACAAUCAACGUAGCGGCAGGUUAAAAUACCUAACACAGGCAGGAGGGUACUUCAAGUUGGCAAAAUUACUUAGGCAAGAAGAAAUCAAAGGUACAUAUAACUAUGCAAAUAUGGGACAGUAUCUGGAACAGUUCAAAGAAAUUGUGAAAGAAAUGUAUGCAAGAUCUCUCAAAAAAAUUGUCCUUAGGAGAAGGAGAAUAUGCAAAAGGCGUCGGAUACUCACAAGAAGGUUGAAAUUGAUGAAACGUUACAACAAAGCUAUACGCCUGAAGCAACGCAUCAUAUCGAUGACAGACAGAAGACGCCGCCGUAAGAAAUUUAGUAUGCACUCACCCAUGAAGGGUGACGAUCGCCGUUGCCCACCUAUCAAAGAUUUGAAACCAAUUCGAGCUAAAAUACUUGAGUUGAAGCUAAUGCAAGAUAAGCUUACAAGGAGGUUGCUGGAACGUAACGACAAGUAUCUGCGCAAAUUUAUUAACAAGACACAGUUAACCGCACUUGCAUUACGCAAAUCUCCAGAAAACGAAGAGGAGGUAGUGGAUCGCCAAUUACCGUUCACAAUCAUCCAAAAGGCAAAGGACAAAGUAGGAAAGUCAAUCAAACGCAUAUGUUCCUUAAUAUAAUGCAGUUAACUUCUAU